AACGUCGGGCUAAUCCUAGUCCUGCUCCCUUCUUCACUAAGAGGGAGGGGCGGACCCAAGUUCUGCUCUCUACGUCACCGAAGGAGCCCGGAGCCAUUUUGAACCCUGCGACCCUAGUAUUUGUCCUCUUUUGCGAGCUCUUCGCUGUCUUUCCCGAUCUCGGCCAAUCAGGGGCGAAAAAAGAGGUCCAAUCAGUCGAGAGAGACCGCAGUCGGAGGACCCGGAUGAGGCUGAGCCGAGGCCUUUGAACCCCAAACCCCGCCAAUUGUAGAGCAGUCACCAUGGCGACAGUAUAGAGGUGAAGGGGUGGGACCAGAGAAGGCUCAAUCCUCAUAGGAUUGACCCACCUCGUCCCUCCGCCUGUUGCGCACGCGCAGUUUACCUAGCUACCAUUUUCCGUCGAGCUCUAGCCAAUCAGUUGCUUCGGAGCCAAACGCUCCAAAGUCCAAUAGGAAUCCGAACGUUCUCUGAAAGAGGAAGUAAAAGAAAGACUGGGGCUUGUAGUGGGCGAGGUCUAAGCAGUCUUGAGCCAAUUGCUUCUGGCCUUUGGUUAUGACUGGCAGUUACUCAGACGAAUAAAGCCCGCCCUAGCUGGUCGACAGGACGUAUGGAGUUGUUACCAAUCCCGUGGCAUUGCAGACUAACUGUGACUGUGUCGGCCAAUAGUCAUUGUGCAAGGGCGGAGCCGCGUAAUCCUCUUUCCUCCCCCUCAUUUUGGACCAAUCAUUCCUUCCGAUUCUGUAUGAUUGGCAGUUGGCCCUGUCUUCAUCAGUGGCUGGAGACACGGCCAGAGAGGCAAGAGUGCCCAGUGUGCAAAGCUGGGAUCAGCAGAGAAAAUGUUGUCCCCCUCUAUGGGCGAGGGAGCCAGAAGCCCCAGGAUCCCAGAUUGAAAACCCCACCCCGCCCCCAGGGCCAGCGACCCGCUCCUGAGAGCAGAGGGGGAUUCCAGCCAUUUGGCGAUACUGGGGGCUUUCACUUCUCAUUUGGUGUUGGUGCUUUUCCCUUUGGCUUUUUCACCACCGUCUUCAAUACCCAUGAACCGUUCCGUCGGGGUACAGGUGUGGAUCUGGGACAGGGUCACCCGGCCUCCAGCUGGCAGGACUCCCUCUUCCUGUUUCUCGCCAUCUUCUUCUUUUUCUGGCUGCUCAGUAUUUGAGCUGUGUCUCCUUCCUGCCUACCAUCAGCCAGAGGAGAAUCAGUAUUGGGGGUCCCUGCUGACCCUUCCUUACUCCUGGACACCACCACCCCCCGGCCCUUCAUUUCUGUUGGCUAAGGCCAACCCUGGUCACUUUCCACGAGGAUGUGUGGAGGAGUAACAUCUUUGCAUAGGAUGGGAGAACCUGUGCUCUGAACUGCUCCCUUAGUAGCAUCCUAACUCCCAGCUCUGGGAGAGGAGGAUGGACUAAAGACAGUGUCUGUCUCUCCUCUCUCCCGAUCCUUUGCUUUCCCCCAUAUUUCUUGAUUUGAUGUUGAAAGGUGGGCAAGGCUCCCUCUGACUCUUCCCCCAUGAUCCCCUUGAUUUAAUUUAAUUUUUCUCUCCCCAGUGUCUAAUGUGGGUCCUGACUCUCAAGUGCUUCCCUCCCCUCACUACCUCCUUUAUGAUAAAUUCAAUAAACAUGGUGAGAUGUAUUCGCUCUGCC